GGAGUCUGCGCUGCGCCCGGUUCCGCCAUUGCGGCUCUCCCGGCCCCUGGAGCCUCCGCCCCCGACCCGAGCUCUUUCGUCUGCCUGCCAGUUUCCUGCGUCCCCGGAGAGUAUCCUGCUGAGCCCAGCCUCCCCCCCUCCCCAUCUCCUCCUUUCCCUUGGAGAGCCCGGGCAUUCGCUGCCCCGUAGCCCCAGUGACAGGAGGAGACCAUACCCCCCGACAGCGCCAUGGCCCAGAUUCUACCAAUUCGUUUUCAGGAGCAUCUUCAGCUCCAGAACCUAGGUAUUAACCCAGCAAAUAUUGGCUUCAGUACUCUGACUAUGGAGUCAGACAAAUUCAUCUGCAUUAGAGAGAAAGUAGGAGAACAAGCCCAGGUGGUAAUCAUUGAUAUGAAUGACCCGAGUAAUCCCAUUCGAAGACCAAUUUCAGCAGACAGUGCCAUCAUGAAUCCAGCCAGUAAAGUAAUUGCACUGAAAGCUGGGAAAACUCUUCAGAUAUUUAACAUCGAAAUGAAAAGUAAAAUGAAGGCCCAUACCAUGACUGAUGAUGUCACCUUUUGGAAAUGGAUCUCUUUGAAUACCGUCGCUCUUGUUACGGAUAAUGCCGUUUAUCACUGGAGUAUGGAAGGAGAGUCUCAGCCAGUGAAAAUGUUUGAUCGCCAUUCUAGUCUGGCUGGGUGCCAGAUCAUCAAUUACCGUACAGAUGCAAAGCAGAAGUGGCUACUUCUGACUGGCAUCUCUGCACAGCAAAAUCGAGUGGUUGGAGCUAUGCAGCUUUAUUCUGUAGAUAGAAAAGUAUCCCAGCCUAUUGAAGGACAUGCAGCUAGCUUCGCACAGUUUAAGAUGGAAGGAAAUGCAGAAGAAUCAACGUUGUUUUGUUUUGCGGUACGUGGUCAAGCUGGAGGGAAGUUACAUAUCAUUGAAGUUGGCACACCACCUACAGGGAACCAGCCUUUUCCAAAGAAGGCAGUGGAUGUUUUCUUUCCUCCAGAAGCACAAAAUGAUUUUCCUGUUGCAAUGCAGAUCAGUGAAAAACAUGAUGUCGUAUUCUUGAUUACCAAGUAUGGCUAUAUCCACCUCUAUGAUCUUGAGACUGGUACCUGCAUCUACAUGAAUAGAAUCAGUGGAGAAACAAUAUUUGUUACAGCACCUCAUGAAGCCACAGCUGGAAUAAUUGGAGUCAACAGAAAGGGACAAGUUUUGUCAGUAUGUGUGGAAGAAGAAAACAUAAUUCCUUAUAUCACCAAUGUCCUACAAAAUCCUGAUUUGGCUCUGAGAAUGGCUGUACGUAACAACUUAGCUGGGGCUGAAGAACUCUUUGCCCGGAAGUUUAAUGCUCUUUUUGCCCAGGGAAAUUACUCAGAGGCAGCAAAGGUGGCUGCUAAUGCACCCAAGGGGAUCCUUCGUACUCCAGACACCAUUCGCCGCUUCCAGAGUGUCCCAGCUCAGCCAGGUCAAACUUCUCCACUUCUUCAGUAUUUUGGAAUUCUUUUGGACCAGGGCCAACUGAACAAAUAUGAAUCCUUAGAACUUUGUAGACCUGUACUUCAGCAAGGACGUAAACAGCUUUUGGAGAAGUGGUUAAAAGAAGAUAAGUUGGAAUGUUCUGAAGAACUAGGUGAUCUGGUGAAAUCUGUGGAUCCUACAUUGGCACUUAGCGUAUAUCUGAGAGCUAAUGUCCCAAAUAAAGUCAUUCAGUGCUUUGCAGAAACGGGCCAAGUUCAGAAGAUUGUUUUAUAUGCUAAAAAAGUUGGAUACACUCCAGAUUGGAUCUUUCUGCUGAGGAAUGUGAUGCGCAUCAGUCCGGACCAGGGUCAGCAGUUUGCUCAAAUGUUGGUUCAGGAUGAAGAACCCCUUGCUGAUAUCACACAGAUUGUGGAUGUCUUUAUGGAAUACAAUCUGAUUCAGCAGUGUACUGCAUUUUUGCUUGAUGCCCUGAAGAAUAAUCGCCCUUCUGAAGGUCCUCUGCAGACUCGGUUGCUUGAGAUGAACCUUAUGCAUGCACCUCAAGUUGCGGAUGCUAUUCUGGGAAAUCAGAUGUUCACACAUUAUGACCGGGCUCAUAUUGCUCAACUGUGUGAAAAGGCUGGCUUACUGCAGCGUGCAUUGGAACAUUUCACUGACUUGUAUGACAUAAAGCGUGCAGUUGUUCACACUCAUCUUCUGAACCCUGAGUGGUUGGUGAACUACUUUGGGUCCUUAUCUGUAGAAGACUCCCUCGAAUGCCUCAGAGCCAUGCUGUCUGCCAAUAUUCGUCAGAAUCUGCAGAUCUGUGUUCAGGUGGCUUCUAAGUAUCAUGAGCAACUAUCAACUCAGUCUCUCAUUGAACUUUUUGAAUCAUUCAAGAGUUUUGAAGGUCUCUUUUAUUUCCUGGGAUCCAUUGUUAACUUUAGUCAAGACCCAGAUGUGCACUUUAAAUAUAUUCAGGCAGCUUGUAAGACUGGACAGAUCAAAGAAGUAGAAAGAAUCUGUAGAGAAAGCAACUGCUACGAUCCUGAACGAGUCAAGAAUUUUCUCAAAGAAGCGAAGCUAACAGACCAGUUACCACUUAUUAUUGUGUGUGAUCGAUUUGACUUCGUCCAUGAUCUGGUGCUGUAUUUAUAUAGAAAUAAUCUUCAAAAAUACAUAGAGAUUUAUGUACAGAAGGUAAAUCCAAGUCGACUUCCUGUCGUUAUUGGAGGAUUACUUGAUGUUGAUUGCUCUGAAGAUGUCAUUAAAAACUUAAUUCUUGUUGUAAGAGGUCAAUUUUCUACUGAUGAACUUGUUGCUGAGGUUGAAAAAAGAAACAGAUUGAAGCUCCUUCUGCCUUGGUUAGAGGCCAGAAUUCAUGAAGGCUGUGAGGAACCUGCUACUCACAACGCACUCGCCAAAAUCUACAUAGACAGCAAUAACAACCCAGAGAGGUUUCUUCGUGAAAAUCCCUAUUAUGACAGUCGUGUUGUUGGAAAGUAUUGUGAGAAGAGAGAUCCACACCUGGCAUGUGUUGCUUAUGAACGCGGACAGUGUGAUCUGGAACUUAUUAAUGUUUGCAAUGAGAAUUCUCUCUUCAAAAGUCUUUCUCGCUACCUAGUACGUCGAAAGGAUCCCGAAUUAUGGGGUAGCGUGCUGCUGGAAAGCAAUCCGUACAGGAGACCUUUAAUUGACCAGGUUGUGCAAACAGCCUUGUCUGAGACUCAGGAUCCUGAAGAAGUGUCAGUAACUGUCAAGGCUUUUAUGACUGCAGACCUUCCAAAUGAGCUCAUUGAACUGCUGGAGAAAAUUGUCCUUGAUAACUCUGUAUUCAGUGAGCACAGGAAUUUGCAAAACCUUCUCAUCCUCACUGCAAUUAAAGCUGACCGUACACGUGUUAUGGAGUAUAUUAACCGCCUGGAUAAUUAUGAUGCUCCAGAUAUUGCCAAUAUUGCCAUCAGCAACGAACUAUUUGAAGAAGCAUUUGCUAUUUUCCGGAAGUUUGAUGUCAAUACUUCGGCUGUGCAGGUCUUGAUUGAACAUAUUGGAAACUUGGAUCGAGCAUAUGAGUUUGCAGAACGCUGCAAUGAACCAGCAGUCUGGAGUCAGCUUGCAAAAGCCCAGUUGCAGAAAGGAAUGGUCAAAGAAGCUAUUGAUUCUUACAUAAAAGCAGAUGAUCCUUCAUCCUACAUGGAAGUUGUUCAGGCUGCCAAUACUAGUGGAAAUUGGGAAGAGCUUGUGAAGUACUUGCAGAUGGCCCGUAAGAAGGCUCGUGAGUCCUAUGUGGAAACAGAAUUGAUAUUCGCUCUAGCAAAAACCAACCGCCUUGCAGAGCUAGAGGAGUUCAUCAAUGGGCCAAACAAUGCUCAUAUCCAACAAGUUGGUGACCGUUGUUAUGAUGAAAAAAUGUAUGAUGCAGCUAAGUUGUUAUAUAAUAAUGUUUCUAACUUUGGACGCCUGGCAUCUACCUUAGUUCACCUGGGUGAAUAUCAGGCAGCUGUUGACGGAGCUAGGAAAGCUAACAGUACUCGAACAUGGAAAGAGGUCUGCUUUGCCUGUGUGGAUGGGAAAGAGUUCCGACUGGCUCAGAUGUGCGGGCUUCAUAUCGUAGUACAUGCAGAUGAAUUGGAGGAACUUAUCAACUACUAUCAGGACCGUGGCUAUUUUGAAGAACUGAUAACCAUGUUGGAAGCAGCUUUGGGACUUGAGCGUGCACACAUGGGAAUGUUUACCGAAUUAGCUAUUCUGUAUUCUAAAUUUAAGCCACAGAAAAUGAGAGAGCAUUUGGAACUAUUCUGGUCCAGAGUGAAUAUACCAAAGGUGCUAAGAGCUGCAGAACAAGCUCAUCUUUGGGCGGAACUGGUGUUUUUGUAUGACAAAUAUGAAGAAUAUGAUAAUGCCAUAAUUACCAUGAUGAACCAUCCAACUGAUGCAUGGAAAGAAGGGCAGUUCAAAGAUAUUAUUACCAAGGUUGCUAAUGUAGAACUAUACUACAGAGCAAUACAGUUCUACUUAGAGUUCAAGCCUCUAUUGUUAAAUGAUUUGCUGAUGGUGCUGUCUCCACGGUUGGAUCAUACUCGUGCAGUCAAUUAUUUCAGCAAGGUAAAACAGCUACCUUUGGUGAAACCAUAUCUGCGUUCAGUCCAGAAUCAUAACAACAAAUCUGUGAAUGAAUCCUUGAACAACCUCUUUAUCACAGAAGAGGAUUACCAGGCUCUGCGAACAUCAAUAGAUGCUUAUGACAACUUUGACAAUAUCUCACUUGCUCAGCGUUUAGAAAAGCAUGAACUCAUUGAGUUCAGAAGAAUUGCUGCCUAUCUCUUCAAAGGCAACAAUCGCUGGAAACAGAGUGUAGAGUUGUGCAAGAAAGACAGUCUCUACAAGGAUGCAAUGCAGUAUGCAUCCGAGUCUAAGGACACUGAGUUGGCUGAAGAACUCUUACAGUGGUUUUUACAAGAAGAGAAAAGAGAGUGCUUUGGAGCUUGUCUUUUUACCUGUUAUGAUCUCUUAAGACCAGAUGUUGUCCUGGAAACUGCAUGGAGGCACAAUAUCAUGGAUUUUGCCAUGCCCUAUUUCAUCCAGGUCAUGAAAGAAUAUUUGACAAAGGUGGAUAAAUUAGAUGCUUCGGAAUCACUGAGAAAAGAAGAGGAACAAGCUACAGAGACACAACCUAUUGUUUAUGGUCAGCCACAGUUGAUGCUGACAGCAGGACCCAGUGUUGCAGUCCCUCCCCAGGCACCUUUUGGUUAUGGUUAUACUGCACCACCCUAUGGGCAGCCGCAGCCCGGCUUUGGGUACAGCAUGUAAGAUGGAAAGCUGAUCCUGUAGUUGCCUAUUUUCGUACUGAAACACCGUCUCUACCGCUUCUCAGUUUAUAACAGGAAAAAUGACAACAUGUUCUUGUAACCUUUAUUUCAUGAAGGACUACUUUUUGUUUCUAAACUUGGAUCACCUAUGUUAAAACCUUAUUUCACAUUCCGCAUCAUCUUAGAAUUUAUUUUCAAAGGGGAAUAGUUUCAAUGUUUUUAUUCACUUGGGCUUUGUCUUUCCUCCCCUCAUUCUUUGAAGAACUGCUUAAAUAUUCAAUCUCUUGUGAAGAACCUGAUUUGCACUCUGUAGUGUUUAAAGAAAAAAGAAACUCUAAUACUGAAUCUCUUAAAUUUAGUGUAUGUAAACAGCUUACAAUAUGUAUUGUCUAAAUGCAUUUAAGUCUCUUUUAUUCAAAGAAAAGCAGAACUAUGGUAUAUGACCACCCAAGACUGUCAAUGCCAACAAAGACAACACUAAUCAGUAUAUCCUACAUUGGAUUGCCAUGCUCUCCAAAUUAUUUGAAAAGUGCAUACCAACAACUUGCCUGAUUUUUAAAUGAGCAUAAAAGGCCCUCUAACCUAUGCAGGUUUUCCCCAUUACGCAUAUAGAAAAUGCUAGUGUGUUUUGCUCACUUCAUGUGUAACAGGUGCCCUUAUGUUGUGCUGUAUCCUGUGCUUUUUCUGUGGGAUCAUUCCAUUCAGAAGCAGAGAGCACCAUGAUUCCAAUCUGUGUGUAUUUACUAACCCUUUCCCAAGGUUUGUGUAUGUUGGAUAUUGUGGUGUUUUAGAUCACUGAGUGUACAGAAGAAAGAAUUCAAACAAAAUACUGCUGUUCUUCAGUUUUGUUUGUGGAAUUUGAAAUUACUCAAAUUUAAAAUAAAUUACUGGACUGUGGACAUAAAACCUGUAGAAUGGUAGUUUUAAUUAAAUACUAUAACAAACUUCAACCAAAAGAACCAUAGUUUUGAUAGUCUGGUAUUAGAUACUGAUGCAGAAGCAAAGCUGCAGAAAAGAAGAUAACCAUUGGGACUUGUGAA